AUGGAGAACCCCAAUAACGGCCAGGCACAUUUUGAGCCGUCCAAGCUUGUGCUUGGUAGGGUUGCAGCUGACCUAUUCGACACUGAUGUCGAUUCACUCGAUUGGGGCAAGUCCUUUAUCAUGUUAGGUGGUGAUUCCAUUCUAGCAAUCGACUUCAUCGUCAGAUGUCGUGAUGCAGGCAUUUUGGUCGACAUGAGAGAUCUCUUGACGGCUGGUACCUUGGCUCAACUUGCUGAAAGCAUAGCCCAGCAAAACACUGGAGCAGGCAACGGAGUAAAUGGUCACGCAAAUGGAAACGGAAUGAACGGGAAUGGACUUCAUAACGAAGCUACCAUUCGAAAUGGUUCAGAUGACUUGACUACGAGCGCGGCUGCGGCUGGUCGUCGAUUGCGCUUCGCUACCAUGGAGAUACCCGAAAACACGGAUGCCUCUAUCAUCUCGACCGCGAUGGAGCGCAUCGUUGAUCGACACUCAGCCCUACGUUCAAAUUGGUCUAUUUCAUCAACUGGUAAAUGGAUUAUUACAACAGCCUCUGGGUCAGGUCUCAAGUCGCGCCAAUUCUUUUACGGAGAGUUCGCAGAGGCGACGGAAGUGACAGAUGCAUUUGAAUGGCUGAGGAAGGCUCUGCUUUCUGAUGAGCUCUUUCCAUCAGGAUGUUUGGUAAUUCCUAGUGAUGCGCCGGGGUGCAGUCACACUAUUGUUCUUGCUGCAGAUGCAAACGUUGUCGACGCCCUUUCUAUGGGGCUUGUACUGCGAGAAUUGCGCGAGACUAUCAACGGGACCCAGCUCGAGCUCAGCUCCGACUUCCAAUUUAGCGAUUGGAUUGCUCGUGGAUGUCAGGGAUUGGAAGCGCAGGUUGAGAGAGCCAAUACAACAAAGUCCAACUCCAUUACCGAUACUGGCGCUCUCAAACUCAAUGGAAAUACUCGUGACAAUAUUGAUUUUCAGCUAUCUCGAUUGGCAACGGAAAGACUCUUCGCAGCGCAGACACAUGCUGCCUUGAGAACUAGCCCCGUCGACAUUGUGAACGCUGCUGUUUCGCAAUCUCUUGGGCCACGCUAUCGAGACACGGAGAAUGUCCUUACAAUAAUAUCUGCCUACAGUAUCCGGGAGGAGAAAGAUAUCCCCUUAGACUCGAUAGGAUGCUAUGAGGUGGAGACGGAAUUGGCUGCGACAGCUCCAGUGCCGGGCGAGACUUUGGUGCAUCUGGUUCGCCAAAUGCGUGAUGCUCGUGCUGGAUUUUCUGCAGAUUCCAGGUCUUCUACUGCGAUCUACGUUGACUGUACGCGUCUGUGUCAUUUCGAAGAAGGAGAUUAUUCUCCAUGGCUCUCGGAUCCCACUCCUGACCACUCUCCCUACGUAUCUCUGGCAAUGAUAGCCGGACAAGUACAUGUUUCAUUGCACUUCGGCAUUGCUAGGCCUGACGACAAACUCAUUGCUGAUAGACUCAGAUCAUGUCUCGAUGAGAUAGUGGAUGAGCUUGCAAAAGCUCCACGGAUGGGAACCCUCCACGACUUUCCUCUCGUUCGUUGGUCAUACUCCGCGCUGGAUGGACUGGCGAGGGACUUGCAGACACAUGGCUUAGACUUUGGCGACAUUGAAUCAAUUGGACCGUCUACUUCGGUGCAAGAAAGUUUCUUUGUUAGCCAAGCUAUUAAUCCAGGUUCCUACGUUAGCCAUGCCACCCUCAGGUUGCUGCCAACCUCUGCCAAUGUUCCGCGCCGGGUCGAAACAGAGAAGGUUGUGAGGGCAUGGAGCGAUAUUGUUGAGAGACAUGCGAUGCUGAGAACUGCAUUCGCAGAGAGUAAUGACCGGCCUGGUAAGUUUGAUCAACUCGUUUUCAAGCCUACGGCUUUGCCACCACGCGUGAUUGUCAUCUCCUCCUCAGCCGAAACCAGCAUUGUUUCCCCCUUCACCGCGGGGAGGUUUGAAAGUCCGCUGCGGCUUUGCAUCUACGAGAUUAACGCUGAAGAGCUUCGACUCGAACUGGAAAUCUCUCACGCUCUAGUGGAUGGUCACUCUGCUAAGAUUUUGUUACACGACAUCCGCGCCAGUUAUCUGCAAUCUGCCUACUUCUCGCAAAGCGCGCCGCUUCCAUACACGGUUUUUGCAUCCCGUCAGCAGGCCACCUUGAGCGAGGGAGAAGCGUCCGCGGGAAUUACGUAUUGGACGUCUUACCUGAAUGAAGCUAGUGAAUCCCAUUUGCCUCUCAUCACUACCAAUCCGCAGCUGAAAGAUCUGGAAACAACUCGUUGCUCUGUGUCGGUACCUGAUGGAAAGCUGCGUGCAGUCUGUGGUGAACUCUCGAUCACUCCAGCAAACCUGUUCCAUGUCGCAUGGGCGCUAGCCCUUCGACGCAUUAUUCUCUCUGACAGAAUUACCUUUUCAUAUAUUGUCUCUGGACGUAACAGUGAUGCAGAUGGCGUCGAGGCGACAGUUGGGCCUUUCGUCAAUACUUUGCCAUUCGCUCUCGCACUGAACCCAGAGAACAGCAUUGCUGAUGUACUUGGGUCUGCAAAGCAAGAUUGGCAGAAUGGCUUGCAAUUUCAGAACAUACCGAUUGCCGAUCUAGCCGCAGCAAAAACGCGAUCAUUGAAGAGACUUGGAAACACAUUGCUCUCCAUUGAGCGCGAGGGAUCAAACACGCAUCCAUUUACAGAAGGAACCUAUAUGAGCUUGGACGCAAGGACAAGCGCAGCAGACUUUGAUCUUAUUGCCAACAUCAGAUUCAAUGAACAACGAAUCAAUUUGAGUGUCGAAUACUGGGCUUCUAGGAUAGCCGGGCCAGUUGCGAAGGCCCAGAUGGCGGCAUUCGAAGACGCAGUGUCAUUUUUGUUAGAAGGAGUGGACUUGUCGGUCCGCGACUUUCCAAGUCAUAGCCCACAAGACCGAGCUGCGUUUAUCAGGUGGAACUCGACCAAACCUGCACGUCUUGAAAGCUGCGUUCACGAAUUGGUUGUGGAAAAGAUGGCUGAACAGCCGGAAGCACUGGCAGUGAGCUCGUGGGACGGUGAGUUAACUUAUGGCGAGUUGGAACGCGCGAGUCGUCGACUGGCCUAUCACUUGGUCGAGAAAGGCGUGGGCCCUGAGGUAAUGGUUGGCAUGUGCAUGGAGAAGUCAAAGCUGGGCGUUGUCGCUAUGGUAGCGACUCUUCUUGCAGGUGGUGGCUUGGUGCCUCUUGGAGUGUCCCAUCCCCUGGCACGCAUUGAAGGUAUCGUCAAGGACGCGGCUUCGCCACUCAUACUCGUUGAUCGUGUUCAUGAGGAGAGAUUAGCUGAGCUGGGCUCCUAUACAGAGUUAGUUGCCGUUGACUCUUUCUUCGACAACGCGUCUUCGACCGCCAUACCGUCUUCCGGUCCCUUCACCUCCGUAGGGCCGGAUAACGUGGCUUGGAUGAUAUUCACUUCGGGUAGUACAGGAAAGCCCAAGGGUGUUGUCCUCGAGCACGGCUCCCUUGCUACCAGUAUUCUCUACCAUGGCCGCAGGCUUGAUAUCCAACCUCAUGAUCGUCUUCUUCAGUUCGCAGCCUUCACUUUCGACGCUGCCAUACAAGAAAUUAUAACGGCUCUUGCUUUUGGCGCAACGACCUGUAUUCCUUCCGAAAGUGAUCGUAUGGACCGGUUGUCAAACUAUCUCGCUGAGUCCAAGGUCACUAUCGCAACCUUAACAUCAACAGUGGCUGCAUUAGUUCGGCCGCAGGAGACUCCGACAGUGCGGACGAUAAUACUGAUGGGCGAAGCGGUGCAAGCCAAGGUCGUUGAUCAAUGGAUAGAUUAUGCUACCGUCAUCAACGCUUACGGGCCAUCGGAGUGUUGUAUUCACUCAACCUGCAGACCAGUCACGGAUAGUUCUGCAUCUUUGAAUAUCGGGACCGCUAUUGCUGGUGCGACUUGGGUUGUCAACCCGACCAACAUCAACCAACUUGUGCCGUUGGGAGGUCAAGGAGAGCUUCUUCUCGAAGGUCCUCUACUUGCAAGAGGUUAUCUCAAUGAUUCUGUGAAGACGGCCCAGGCCUUCGUGACCGACCCUGCUUUUGUUCGGGAACUUGAACUUGGCAGUAAUCAGCAUAGGAUGUACCGGACGGGAGACCUGGUGCAGCAAAACACGGAUGGAACAUUGACAUAUCUGGGCCGCAUUGACUCACAAAUCAAGAUCCGUGGUCAGCGCGUGGAGAUUGGAGAGAUUGAGUACCACAUAGGAAAGCAAGGAGGCGUCCACGAUGCAGUCGUUCUCUAUAUGCGACAAGGUCCCCUUGCUGACCGUCUGGUUGCUGCCGUCAACUUGGGCGAGUCCUCAUCAGUCGAUCGCCCUCAGACCUCGACCGUUCAAGUUGUUUCGGAGGAUCAUAUGGCAAAUGCAAGACUCCGCCUGCGUGAAGUGCAACACGGCUUGUCGCGGCAGGUAAUGCACUACAUGGUGCCCAGUAUAUGGCUCCCUUUAUCAGCGAUGCCAAUGAAUCAGUCAGGUAAAACAGACCGACGCGCCUUGACUGAUUGGAUAAAAUCAUUAUCAUCUGAUGAUAUCGCAGCUCUGAGUAACGGUGGCGAUGCCGAUGAUGUGGACGACAUAUCGGCGACAGCUGUUGAACGAGAGCUACGACAAAUUUGGAGCGAAGUCUUGGCUGUUCCGUUGGGCAGCGUAACAUAUUCAAGCAGUUUCUUUAGUCUCGGCGGUGACUCGAUUACAGCGAUGCAAGUAGUCUCGGCUAGCCGAUCGCGUGGGAUUCUCAUAACCGUACGCAAAGUUCUCGACUGUCAGACAAUCCCCGAACUGGCAGCCGAAGUGCAGGCGACCCAGAAUUCAGAUUACGCAGCUGUACCAGAAGGUGCAAUUGCGCUGUCGCCCAUCCAACAGAUGUACUUUGAGAGUAUAGCGGCUGAUGGACUUCGUGCUGACAAUGAGCAUUGCUUCAACCAAGGAGUCUUGCUUCAUGUUACACGCCAAAUCACUUUGGCAGAGUUGACCCGAGCUUUGGACAUGGCUGUUGCCAAACAUGCUAUGCUUCGAGCCCGAUUUCAAUACAGUCAAGAACAGGGCUGGCAGCAGCGGAUAGAGAGGGAGGUAACCGGUUCCUAUCGUUUAUGUGCGCAUACAGCCGGCGACACAGAAAUGUCGGGGAUUGUUGCCCAGUCCCAGUCGACUCUUGACAUAGAGAAUGGCCCCGUGUUUGCAGCCGAUCUUAUCGAAAGAGAGGAUAGGCAAGUCCUUCACUUGGUCGCCCACCAUCUUGUUAUCGACCUUGUGUCCUGGCGUAUUCUGUUGCGAGACCUGGAGGAGGUGAUCGUCAAUCAAAAACUACCGAAUCCAAGCAGUUUGUCAUUCCCAACAUGGUUAGGAAGACAAAAAGAAUCCCUGAGCAAGGUCUCGAAUGUGCUUGAUACAUUGCCGAUGAUUGUGCCAAAGACGAAUUGGACCUAUUGGGGGCUUACUCCCGGCCAGGAGACUUUCGGUAGCCGUUCUAGUACUCAGGCAAGGUGCGAUAUCGAAACCACCUCGUUACUUACCGGUGGCGCGAAUUCUCCCCUCAAAACCGAGCCGGUUGAAAUACUGUUAGCUGGUCUACUUCUGUCUUUUCAACAAGUCUUUGCCGAUCGGCCUGUGCCAACAGUCUUUACUGAAGGGCAUGGCCGUGAGGCUCCAGAUGAUGGGACAGACUUGUCAGAGACCAUAGGCUGGUUCACGACAAUGAGCCCGAUCUAUGUUUCAUUCACUGAAGCUAGCAGUAACGGCGCGAUUGACGUUCUCAGGCAGGUCAAGGACCAGCGUCGUCGCAUUCCUGGCCGCGGAGUUCCUUAUUUCGGUAGUCGCUUCUUGACUGCUCAAGGCAAGGAGCAAUUCGCAGGACAUGGCCCGGCAGAGAUCAUGUUCAACUACACAGGACGUUUCCAACAACUCGAAAGGGAUGAUGCCUUGUUUCAUUUCGACCGAGACAACAAUUCAAGCACCAUGGCGCGAGCCGGUGAUUUAGUGAAGCUUUUUGCCGCGCUUGAUGUUGCCAUCACGAUAGAAGCAGGCAAAUUAUGCAUCACUGUUCAUUACAGCAAUCAAUCGCGAUGUCAAGAAGGUAUCCGAAGAUGGGUUGAAGUAUAUGGCCAAACCGUCAAGAGCUUAGUCAAUGCGCUGAAUACAGUGGAACCAAUGGCAACAGCAACGGAUUUUCCACUUGCGCGUCUUUCUGACAGUGACAUGGAAACCAUUGAAGGGCAGUACCUGCCUAUGAUAGGUCUCACUUCUUCUGCCGAGAUUGAAGAUAUACUGCCCUGCUCGCCAAUCCAGCAGGGUAUUCUGUUGACCCAACUGCAGUCGCCGUCAACCUAUUGUAUUUACCAGACAUGUCGCAUCGUACCAUCUGGUGAUGCGCCUGUCAGCGCGGACCGGCUCAUUGCAGCUUGGAGAGAGGUUGUGUCUCGGCAUUCUAUCCUUCGGACCGUGCUCUUGGAACCACUGCAGGGCCAGGAAAACUUCAUCCAGGUCGUGUUGAGACACCCUGAAAUUGGAAUCAUCAAGAAAGACGGUAUUACAGAUGGAGUAACUGCUGCUGAGUGGCUUGCUUCACGACCGUCCUUGGACGUCUCAAUUCUUGGCCGCCCUCCUCACCUUCUCACCGUGCUGACAACAGUGUCUGGAGAAGUCUAUUGCCGAUUUGACAUCAGCCAUGCUCUGGUCGACGCCUCCUCGGUUACAUUAAUUAUGCGGGAUCUCAUGGACGCAUAUGACGAAGAAAAGUCGCAGUCGGCUGUCAGUGGCUCUAAAUACAGCACCUAUGUUGCCUUCCUUCAAGGAAGAGACUCACAGGAUGAUCUCCAGUACUGGACAUCACUGUUGCAAGAUGCUGAGCCGUGUCUUUUACCCCCGAAUGACCCAACCCAUGAUGCUGGAGAUCAACCAACAAUCAAGAAGGUAUCCACCCGGAUUGAUGACAUUGGCAAACUUCACCAAUUCCGAGAUAAGUAUGGUGUUUCUGUAGCCAGCAUAUUUCAAUUGUCAUGGGCCUUGGUCCUCGCAAUGCAAACUUGUUCCCGAAAUGUCAGCUUUGGUAACCUGUCUAGUGGCCGCGACGUACCAAUCUCAGGCGUACAAGAGCUGGUAGGACCAAUGAUCAACAUGCUUGUUUGCCAUCUAGACCUGAACUGGGGUGAGGGGGUCUCUGAGGCAGCUCGAAAGCUUCAGAGUCAAUCCACCGAGGCAUUCGAACAUCAGAGGACAUCUUUGGCAGCAAUUCAGCACGGGCUUGGUCUCUCAAGAAACCAACCACUCUUCAACAGCACCUUGUCAUACAAACGACAAGCGUCGACAAGCUCCGGGAGAGCAUCGUCCAUCACACUCGAAGGCCUGACCUGGGAGGACCCGACGGAAUACGAUGUCCACAUCAAUAUUGAAGCAUCUUCAACCAGCAUUGAUAUUAACAUGCAAUAUUCCACAGCAGCAUUCUCUGAGACGACAACAAAGAAACUUGUUGACAGUCUAGUACAUGCUGUAUUUGCUGUAUGUGGUGGUGGAGACAGAGCUCUUGGCCAGCUGAGACUGCUGUUGCCCGCUGAAGAGGCGAAGUUGUGUGAGUGGAAUUCUGUCAUCCCGCCACGCGUCGAACGUUGUGUCCACGAACUUGUGCUUGACAGGAUGGUCAGUCAGCCAGAGGCAUUGGCCGUCAGUGCAUGGGAUGGUGAUCUUACAUAUGCCGAGCUGAACCACAGUAGCUAUCAGUUGGCCCACCACCUUGUUGCUGAGCGAGGCAUAGGCCCUGAAGUGAUGGUCGGUCUGUGUAUGGAUAAAUCGAAAUGGGCAAUAGUGGCCAUGAUCGCUGUGCUACGCGCUGGCGGUACUCUGGUACCCCUCGGCGUCCAAGAGCCUUUCUCCCGAAUCGAAAUGAUCACAGGAGAAACGGGCACACCUCUUGUCUUGGUUGACCGCCACCACGAGCAACGGGUGGCGGGGCUAGACACACAACUGUUCACAGUUGACUAUUUCUUUGAUGCCGUCUCUCCUAUUUCGAUGCUGCCACCCUUCGCUGAGCUAUCUGCCACCCGGCCUGACCAUGCAGCUUGGGUCAUUUUCACAUCUGGCUCGACCGGCAGGCCCAAGGGUGUUGUACUUGAGCAUGGAUCUGUGGCAACAAGCAUACUUGCUCACGGUCCUGCAAUCGGUAUACAGAUCCAAGACAGAGUGUCGCAAUUUGCAGCCUAUACCUUUGACGUGUCUAUCGCAGAGAUCAUGACGACGCUUACCUUUGGCGCAUGCGUUUGUGUACCCUCUGAAGACGAUCGCACAAAUCGUCUCACUCAAUUCCUAUCAGAAUCAGAGGUGUCUAUCGCUACGUUGACGUCGACUGUAGCGGCACUCGUUCAACCGGACAAAACGCCAAAGAUCCGGACGUUAGUCUUGACAGGCGAAGCUGUUCAGCCUAAGGUUGUUGAUCAAUGGAUGCAUCGCGCUACAGUCAUUAAUGCGUACGGCCCUGCUGAAAGCUCUAUUUGGACCACGGGUAAGGUAAUCGAGAACGCUCUGGAUGCUACUAACAUAGGAACACCACUUGCCGGGGCCUUCUGGGUUGUGAACCCGGAUAGUGUUGGACAAUUGGUUCACAUCGGCGAACUCCUCAUCGAAUCGCCUUUACUAGCCCGCGGGUACUUGAACGACCCAGUGAAGACCGCGGCAUCAUUUAUCACAAACCUAGAGCUCUUGAAGAAUCUUGGCCUCGGCAUUGGCUCUAGGCGCAUGUACCGUACUGGCGAUCUCGUCCGGCAGAACCAAGAUGGGACAAUCACUUACCUCGGUCGUCGAGAUACCCAGGUUAAGAUUCGCGGGAUGCAAGACGCAGUUGUUCUAUACAUGAACCAGGGUGCUCUAGCUGGGAGGCUCAUUGCCUUUAUCGUCUCGUCUGAUACGUUGGCUGCCAGUCAUGAUCAGAGCAAGCCGCAAUCCAGUGCCAGCAUCCAGCGCGUCCAUGAAGAGCAAAAUGAAACCGCUGAUAUCUGGUUGAAAGAUGUACAACAAAAUCUCUCGCAGCUGGUAAUGCAUUAUAUGAUGCCGAGUGUCUGGAUUCGCCUAUUAGCUAUCCCUAUCAACGCAUCAGGCAAGACUGAUCGUCUUGGACUGUUUCGGUGGGUUGAGUCUUUGUCUGCAGAGGACACUGCAGCGUUGACUGACGCGGGAGCGAUUGAAGGGGAGGAUAUUGAUGAAUCAUCUGCCACACCGAUUGAGCGAGAAUUGCGACAGAUAUGGAGUGAGGUUCUCGACGUACCGAUCUCUCGUGUGACAUACUCAACCAACUUCUUCAGCCUUGGAGGUGACUCGAUUACGGCUAUGCAGGUGGUGUCCGCUUGUCGGGCUCGCGGCAUCCUCGUGACAGUCCGGAAGGUCCUAGACUGCCAAACAAUUCCUGAGUUAGCAGCCAACUCCCAAACGGGCCGAGAGGAUGCCGCCCAUCUGGCAAGAAUUCCGGAGGGCGUCUUCGGACUAUCACCCAUACAGCAGAUGUUCUUUGACGAAAUUGCAGGAGAUGGUCUUCGUGCCGAUAUGGACUACCGCUUCAAUCAGGCGGUUUCAUUGUAUACCACACAACGGAUCGAGAAAACAGACUUGAUCUGGGCUAUAAAUGCUCUCGUCUCUAAGCACGCCAUGCUUCGAGCCCGUUUCCGCUACACUCAGGACAAUGCUUGGCAGCAGUGGAUAGAGAAGGAUAUCACUGGGAGCUACCGCUUCCAGGAUCAUACGGUGGCGGAUGUCGAGUUAAUGCAGAAUCUCAUCGAGAAGUCACAGGCCACUCUCGAUCUGGAGCAUGGCCCUGUCUUUGCAAUCGACUUCAUUGAAAGACAAGACAGGCAGGGCAGACAGGUCUUGCACCUAGUUGCUCAUCAUCUUGUUAUUGAUCUGGUUUCAUGGCGCAUUUUAAUACGAGAUCUGGAAGAACUCUUGGUCCAUCACAAGCUCCCCAACCCAACGAGUCUCUCCUUCCCAGUGUGGCUUGAGCGUCAACAAGACUCUUUGAAUAGGCUUGUGACCGAGACAGAAGAGGGAGCAGAUAAAUCACUGGAAGAAACUUUGCCAGUAGUAGUUCCAAAUGCGAACUGGGGCUACUGGGGUCUUGUCCCCGGCAACGACAUCUACGCCAGCCUCUCUACCAUUGAGGUCCAGUGUGGCUCUGCUACCACCUCGCUAUUGUCAGGCAAUGCCAACAAUGCCCUUAAGACCGAACCUGUUGACAUCCUGCUUGCUGCCCUGAUUAGUUCGUUCCAAGAUGUCUUUGCAGAUCGUUCUAUGCCUGCAGUUUUUACUGAAGGCCACGGUCGUGAAACCGAGGAGGAGGAAAUUGACCUUUCUGACACAGUCAGUUGGUUUACCACGAUGGUUCCAGUCCACGUCCCACAAGGAGCUGCCAAAAACGCUAUAGAAGUACUCAGAAAGGUAAAGGACCAGCGCCGUCGUCUUCCUGGAAAGGGCCUGCCCUACUUUAGUAGCCGGUACCUGACAAGUCACGGACGGGAGAAGUUCGCAAGUCACGGUCCGGCCGAGAUUAUCUUCAACUACCUGGGACGUUUUCAACAACUUGAACGAGAUGACGCGCUUUUCCAUAUCGAGGAGGAUGACACGAGCGCGUCCUCGCAGUUUGGACCUCUGGUCAAGCUCUUUUCUGUACUCGACGUUUCUGCUGGAGUUGAGGCAGGACAACUAUCGAUCAAGGUCCGCUUCAGCCGGGAAUCACUACACCAGUCCGCCAUUAAGCAAUGGGUGAAAUUGUAUGGAGACACGGUCAAGACGCUAGUUGAGGAACUCACAAUGGUACCUCUUACACUCACAGCGACUGACUUUCCGCUUGCCCGACUAUCCGACAGUGACUGGGAACUGAUCGAAGGACAAUAUUUGAAGACAGAGAUGGGGCUCUCAUCUACCAAGGAAGUGGAAGAUAUCCUCCCGUGUUCAGCGAUACAGCAAGGUAUCCUACUUACACAACUUCAAUCCCCUUCGACCUACUGUAUCCAUCAAACUUGCCGCAUCCUGCCAACCGACCAUACGCGCCCCGUCAGCAUACAGCGUCUCGUUGUAGCUUGGCACCAAGUUGUAGCGCGACACUCAAUUCUCAGGUCCGUUCUGGUAGAACCGUUACCUGCUCAGGAAAGUUUUCUCCAGAUCGUCCUACGGGAACCACAGAUUGACGUCCAGAUUACGGAUGGAGAGGAUAUCAGGGAUGAGGAAGCGGUCGAGUGGCUCGCUUCGCAAUCAACGCUUGACAUUACGAAAUUGAGCCGCCCUCCUCAUCGCUUGAUAAUCCUGAAGACGAACACAGACAAUGUUUACUGUCGUUUCGAUGUCAGCCACGCUCUAGUAGACGCUUCUUCAGUGGCACUGAUUUUGCGUGAUCUCAUUGCCGGAUAUGAGGGUGAACUGGGAUCCAGUGGCGGCUCCAACUACAGUGACUAUGUGGCCUUCCUUGAGAACAGACAGCAACACAACGAUCUCCAAUAUUGGAAGUCGUUGCUUGCUGAUGCCGAGCCCUGCCUCUUACCCCUACAGCAACCAGUACAUGAAGCUAGCCAGGCGCAUCUUGGCCAUGUCAUUGAUCAGCUUGAUGACAUAACGAUGGUGCACCAAUUCCGUGAUAGACACAAUGUCUCUAUUGCUAGUAUCUGUCAACUUUCUUGGGCUUUAGUACUGGCAAACUGGACGGGAUCACGUAACAUCAGCUUCGGCAACCUCUCGAGUGGUCGCGACGUUCCUAUUCCUGGCGUCCAAGAACUUGUUGGGCCGAUGAUUAAUAUGCUAGUGUGUAACUUGUUCUUAGACUGGGAUGCAUCGACAACAAUUGGCGGCUUGGCUCGUAAGCUACAAAGCCAAUCUACUGAAUCUUUCGAGCACCAGAGAGCAUCUCUAGCAUCCAUCCAACACGAACUAGGCUUUUCAAAAGACCAGCCGCUAUUUAACAGCACGGUUUCUUACAGACGCCAAGUCUCACCCUCGUCUGAUUCUAAGCCAGCAGCAAUCAGACUGGAAGCCGUCAUCUCUGUGGAUCCAACAGAGUAUGAUGUACAUGUCAACAUCGAUGCCUCUUCAACAAGUCUCGAGUUCAAUCUUCAAUACUCGACUGCAGUUCUCUCCAAAGCAGCGGCCACAAGGCUCGCUGAGAGUCUAGUGCAAGCUGUCCGUAUUGUGGCCCAGAACGUUGAUCGACCACUGCGGGAGCUUACAAGUAGUCUACUGCCCGUUGGAGAUAAAUUGCAGCUACAAGAAUGGAACUCGGCUGUGGCCCUACCUGUCCAACGAUGUGUGCACGAAUUGGUCUCAGAUCGGAUUUACACUCUACCUGAAGCAUUGGCUAUUAGCUCUUGGGAUGGAGAUAUGACAUAUGAUCAAUUAGGUGAUACCAGCCGCAGACUGGCGUCCUAUCUGGUUGAGCAAGGAGUAGGUCCUAAGACAAUGGUCGGCUUAUGUUUGGACAAGUCAAAAUGGGCAAUUGUCGGUAUGCUUGCAGUACUGUUCGCUGGCGGUGCCGUUGUUCCUCUUGGCGUUCAACACCCGGUCAGCCGGAUCAGAAGCAUCGUCGAGGACACGAAUGCCCCAAUCAUUCUUGUCGAUGACAUCCACGAGAAGAGACUAGCAACCAUGACAGCUCAUACGCAGCUGCUUUCCGUUGAAUCCUUUUUCCGAGCAUCUCAACCAGUGUCUCUGCAAUCUGGAAAGUCGACUGUACGAUUUGAAGAUCCAGCUUGGAUCAUUUACACUUCCGGAAGCUCAGGAGUUCCCAAGGGCGUCGUCCUCCAACAUGACGCCCUCGCAACAAGUAUACUUGCCCAUGGGCCAGUCAUUGGCGUCAAGCCAUUCGACCGGCUAUCACAAUUUGCAGCUUACACUUUUGAUGUUUCUAUUGCAGAGAUCAUGACUGCGCUAUCUUUCGGCGCUUGUGUCUGCGUCCCUUCAGAGCAGGACCGUAUGGAACGACUUCCAUCUUUCUUGAAGGAUGCGAAUAUUACCAUAGCAACCUUAACAUCGACAGUGGCAGCACUCAUUCAGGAGGACAUUCCUACAAUACGCACGAUGGUCCUGACUGGUGAAGCUGUUCAAUCAAAGGUGGUCGAUCGGUGGGUACAACAGGCAACUGUUAUAAACGCCUACGGUCCCUCUGAAAGCUCUAUCUGGGCAUCUUGCAACAUAGUGAAAAGUGGUACAGAUGCCCUGAACAUUGGCAAACCCCUCGCCGGUGCAUUCUGGGUUGCCAACCCGGACAAUGUCGGGCAGUUGGUGGUUCGUGGAGCACCAGGAGAAUUGCUCAUCGAAGGCCCCUUGCUGGCAAGGGAGUAUUUGAAUGAUCCUGAAAAGACCUCGACAGCCUUUGUGUCAGAUCCUAAGUUUAUGCAAGAGCUCGGACUAAUCCCAGGUCGGCGUUUAUAUCGCACUGGUGACUUGGUACAACAGAACGAAGAUGCUACACUUACUUAUUUGGGCCGCAUUGACAGCCAGAUCAAGAUUCGAGGCCAGAGAGUAGAGGUCGCUGAGAUUGAGAGUCAAAUUGUCCGAUUACUUCCAGGAGCGCGUGAGGCUGUCGUCGACUUGGUACGCCCAGAAGGUGAAGUUCACGACGGACCACUUAUUCUGGUAGCUGUCAUUGAGCAUUCUGAUGCUAGCCCUUCCCUCGAUGGCGAAGUGUUCAGCCUUGAUGGCAUUACGCAAAUUCCAGACAACGCACUCCAGGCGCUUGGAAAGCUAGACAACGACCUCGGUAGCGUCCUGCCUCCUUACAUGGUACCUGCAGCAUUCCUGCUAGUGUCUAAGCUUCCGAUAAACGCUUCUGGCAAACUUGAUCGUCGUGUCGUUCGGCAAAAACUGCAGUCAACAUCCCGCGACACGAUCGUCAGGUUCUCGGGCUCCAGAGAUUCGAUCAAAGCGGCACCCACUACUGAUUUGGAACGGAAACUACAGAUACUUUAUUCCACUGCAUUGAGACUUGUUCCAGAAGCUGUGGGCCUUGAUGACUCUUUCUUCAAACUCGGCGGAGACUCGGUCGCAGCCAUGAAGCUGACCGCUGUCGCUCGUGCUCAGAACGUUUCCGUCUCGGUAGCCGAUAUCUUCCGCUGGCCCCGUCUGGCAGAUCUGUCAAGAGUUGUGGAAGAGAAGUGCAGUCGUGACAUUGGACCACUGGACAAAGAUCCAGCCCCUUUCAGCCUGUGGCCAGAACUGACAGAGACUCGGACUGAAAUUCAGACCGACGACCACAACGACAAGACAAGACAAGCAAGACUUUUAGAAAAUAUAGCUACUCGAUGUAAUACAUCAGCUGAUCAAAUUGAGGAUGUUUAUCCAUGCAGCCCAAUGCAAGCCGGCCUGAUGGCGAUUACCGCACAACGCCCCGAGGCCUACGUUAUCCAACGGGUGUUCAAGCUACAUGAUGACCUGUCCACUCAGCAGCUCAAAGAUGCAUGGACACGUCUGACUGGCAAGCUCUCUGUCUUGCGUACUCGAAUCAUACCUUCGGCUUCGGCACAGGCCGACGCACUGCAGGUUGUGAUACAAGAAGCCCCAGUAUGGCAAGAUUGCAGAUCACUAGAGGUCUACUUGGCUACGGACCGGGCCACUCCCAUUACAUAUGGUCGAGCGCUUAGUCGCACCGCGGUUGUUGACGAUCCUGCUGGUCGUUAUUUUAUAUGGACGGUACAUCACAGUAUAUACGAUGGUUGGAGUGUUGCAAGGACGAUGGAAAUGCUCACACAGCUGUUGAGUGGACAGUCGACGUUCUCCCCAGCACCGGUUUCCCGUUUCAUCAACUAUUUGGUCCAACAAGACAAGGACCAAAUCGCAAAUUUCUGGAACGGACAUUUCGAAGGUGCAAACUGGGUUCGCUAUCCAGCCAUAGCAUCACCACAAUACCGGGCCAAGCCGCGCGAUACACUGCAGAGUCAAAUGCACGUCAACUUGGAAACAGGCGGCCCUGCAACAAUGUCCACACUUCUACGGGCUGCUUGGGCCUUGUUGGUUGCUACAAAUACAGGUGCCAACGAUGCAGCUAUCAAUGUUGUCCUCUCGGGCCGCAUGGCACCUAUAGAUGCAGUGAUGGAUGUUAUCAGUCCACUUGUCACUACUGUUCCAUUUUACGUAUCUGCCUCCAAACAGCAGUCUGUGCGUGUCUUCCUCGAGACAAUUCACCGCCGCGCUACAGAAAUGAUCCCGUACGAACACACCGGUCUACAGAAUAUCAGGGCACUCGUCCCUGGUCUAGGAUCAGAGUUUGAUCCGGGCCAUACAUUUGUUGUCCAGCCUGCCGGAGAGAGUGAGUCCGCAGACUUACCUAUGUUCAAAAUGGACGUCGAACGCGACGCUACUUCAUUCGACGCAUUCGACGCCUACGCAUUGACGGUUGAAUGCACGGUAGGCGGACAGAACCCAGGCGAUGUGACGAUCGAAGUACGUUACGAUCGUGCUGUUCUUGCAGUUGACACAGUGCAACACCUGAUUGUCCAGUUGGCGCAUAUAGUUCAGCAGUUGGCGCAAAACGCAGCGACGGACAAGCCACUUUCAGAGCUUCAAUUACUCACAGAUGAGGAUUGUGACCAGCUCCGUGAGUGGAACUCCGUUGUGCCGCCACGUCUCGAGCGCUGUCUUCACGACUUGAUACUUGAGACGAUGACUAGCUAUCCCACGGCUCCAGCUAUUUCUUCAUGGGAUGGUGAAAUGACAUACAGCGAGCUGAACGACGCCAGCCAAUACUUAGCCUACCAUCUUGUUGAUCAAGGAAUAGGCCCAGAAGUGAUGGUCGGCCUCUGUAUGGAUAAGUCCAGAUGGGCCGUGGUGGCUAUACUUGCUAUUCUUCGCGCAGGCGGCGUCGUCGUUCCGCUGGGAAUCCAACAACCCCUUUUACGAAUUGAAGGAAUCAUACAGGAUACAUCCUGUCCACUUAUUUUGGUUGACCGAAGUCAAGAACAUCGGCUAGCUUCACUGUCUGACCGCGCAUCUCUCUUCUCCGUCAGCUCUUUCUUUGAUGCGGUCCCAACUCCAUUAGCAAAGAGCCAUAACUUGUCCACUAAAGCACUUCCAUCUGUGAAACCAGAUCACAGUGCUUAUGUCAUAUUCACAUCAGGUUCAACUGGCGUUCCUAAGGGCAUCAUCCUUGAGCACGGUGCCCUUGCAACAAGCAUCAUCGCCCAUGGAACCGAGUUUGGCAUGGACAUUAAGAAUUGUGACCGAGUAUUGCAGUUCGCAGCGUAUACCUUCGAUGUUGCCAUUCAAGAUAUUAUCGCAACGUUGUCUUUUGGCGCGUGCCUCUGUAUACCGUCUGAACAUGAUCGAAUGAACCGGCUGGUGCCGUAUAUCUCCGAAGCGAAGGUCACUUUCGCUAUCUUGACGCCGACUGUAGCUGCAUUGAUCCAACCACAAGAUGUCCCUUCAAUCCGAACAUUGAUCUUAGGAGGCGAGGCUCUCCCAGCAAAGGUUGUCGAUCAAUGGAUAGGUCACGCCAACAUCAUCAAUGGCUACGGCCCUUCAGAAUGCUCUAUCCAUUCUACAUGCCACAAGGUACAGCAUAGUUCAGAAGCCUCGAUCAUAGGACGGGGAAUUACCGCCAAAACCUGGGUUAUUGAUUCUUCCAAUUCUGACCAACUCGUUCCGAUUGGGGCUAUCGGGGAGUUGAUUAUCGAAGGACCAUUACUAGCUAGGGGCUAUCUCAACGACCCCUUGAUGACGGCAAAUUCUUUUAUAACAGAUCCCGCAUUUGUUCAACAGCUCGGCUUCAGUCCGAAUCGCCGCAUGUACCGCACAGGCGACUUGGUGCAACAAAACAUGGACGGCUCACUGGUUUACCUGGGUCGCAGAGAUACGCAAGUCAAGAUCCGUGGUCAACGCGUGGAGGUUGGUGAGAUCGAAAGCCACAUCUUGGAUCUGUUACCGAACGCACGCGAGGCCAUCGUUGAUGUAAUACAGGCAGCAGCUGAGGACCAGGACGUGUCACCGAUGCUAGUGGCGGUCAUUGAGACUGAUGUUUCCGACACUGAAGUUCUUGCUUCUGACACACAAAUGGAGCUUUAUAGUCCGUCGCAGAUCACCCAGAAGAUGCGCGAAGGACUGGACGGACUUGAUACCGAUCUUGGCUUGGUUUUACCAGCUUAUAUGGUCCCUACUGUAUAUCUACUCGCAUCGAAGCUUCCUCUUAACGCAUCUGGAAAACUCGACCGACGCGCAGUCAGGGAUCAACUUAUGUUGCUUCCUCGUCAUGUGUUGAGCAGCUUCUCUGGCCUGGCCAACAGCAAACAGAUGCCGACUACUCCUAUGGAGCAAAAGCUGCAGACUCUGUACACGUCAGUACUUGCGCUGAAGCCCGAGGCAGUUGGCAUCAGUGACUCGUUCUUCCGACUUGGCGGAGACUCAGUUGCAGCUAUGAAGUUGACGGCUGCGGCUCAUGCCCAGGGUAUCCCCCUUACUGUUGCUGAUAUAUUCCAAUGGCCUCGACUUGCGGAUCUAGCAGAAGCCAUGGAAGAGAAGGGUGGUUACGGAUCUAGCUCUGCAGGCCAAAAAGAUCCGGAGCCGUUCAGUCUUUGGCCAGAGCUUCAGACAGGUGCUACGGAAAAGUCGCGACUUUUGGCAGAUGUUGCAGUACAAUGCGGCGUGUCAAUUGAUAAGAUCGAAGAUGUAUAUCCUUGCAGUCCAUUACAAGCUGGCUUAAUGACCAUCACGGCCCAGCGUCCUGAAGCUUACGUUGUUCAACGCGUCUUCAAGCUGCAAGGAGGUAUCUCUACACAGACGUUGAAGGCCGCUUGGACACAACUCAUCACAGAUCUUCCCAUCUUGCGAACUCGUAUCAUCCCAUCUGUGCAAGCAACGGCGUUGCAAGUUGUUUUACGGGAAACGCCUAUUUGGCAAGCCGGGAUUUCGCUAGAGGAUUAUCUCACUGCCGAUCGAGCUAUUCCUAUGAUAUACGGUGGUGCUCUAAGCCGUACAGCAAUUCUUGAGGAUGGAAGCCAUCGUCACUUCAUAUGGACAGUCCAUCAUAGCAUCUACGAUGGCUGGAGCAUGGCUAAGACUAUGGAGAUGCUUGAAGGGCUAUUGAGCGGCAGCACACUCUCGCAUCCAGUGUCAGUUCCUGUCUCCCGCUUUAUUGGUUACCUGACCCAGAAAGACAAGGACCAGACCGCAAUGUUCUGGCAGAAGCACCUUGAGGGAGCGAACUGGACCCGUUACCCCGAGUUGCCAUCUCAACAACACAUCAUUAAUCCUCGAGUUACAUCGCACAGGCGUCUUCGAAUCCCCAAGAUAGCUGGAUCGACAACAUUCAUUGUGCUGCGUGCUGCUUGGGCACUCCUGGUUGCCUCCAAGACAGGUGCUGAUGAAGCAGUCAUUAACGUCGUGCUCUCAGGCCGUGCGGCCCCCGUGAAGAACCUCCUACAUCUCGUGGCGCCUACAAUUACCACUGUUCCUUUCCACGUUUCUACCUCAACAAGCCAAUCAAUACGAGAUUUCCUUGCCAACAUACAGGGUCAAGCCACCGAUAUGAUUCCGCAUGAGCAUACCGGUCUCCAGAAUAUUAGGCGUAUGGUUUCUAGUCUGGGACCUGAUUUUGACCCCGGUCAUAUCUUUGUAGUCCAACCGGCUGCAGAGAUGGAGUCGACAGUUACGAAUUCCCACCUGCAAAUCGAGCGCGAAGCUAGUUCUAUGGAUGCCUUCCACGCUCAAGCACUAACAAUUGAGUGUACUGUGGGACACGACACAAGAGAUGUUGAAGUCGAAUUGCGCUUUGACGACGCAGUCAUUGCCGCCGAUGAUGUAGAGCAGUUACUUGAUCAGUUCAACCAUCUCGUUCAACAACUCGCGGAAAAUGCAGACAAGAAGCUGCCACUUGAUCGCCUUCAACUUCUUUCUCCAGGUCAAAUGGCCCAGAUAUGCAGAUGGAAUUCUUCUAUUCCAUCGCGAGUCGACCGUUGUAUCCACGAGUUAGUGAUGGAUCAAAUGACUACUCGACCAGCGGCUACAGCCGUUACUGCCUGUGAUGGUGACUUAACUUACAGACAGUUAGAUGAUCUUAGUUUCCAACUAGCCCUCCACUUGAUUGAAACAGGCAUCGGCCCAGAAGUCAUUGUUGGCGUGUGCAUGAGCAAGUCGAAGUGGGCAGUAGUGGCAAUGCUGGCGGUACUAAGAGCAGGUGGUGUUGUCGUUCCUCUUGGAACACGCCAGCCGCUUGGACGUAUUGAAACUAUCAUCACUGAUACAGCCGCGCCCCUUAUACUGGCCGACCGUCCUCAGGAGCAACAGCUGAAAGGUCUUCAGGCACCUACGCAGCUUCUCGUCGUCGAGUCCUUCUUUGAAAAAACAGCAAAACCAGCGCAAAACACUGGGCUCCAAGUGUUCGCAAGAUCUGAUAACGCGGCUUGGAUUAUCUACACAUCAGGCUCAACUGGGACGCCGAAGGGAGUUGUUCUUGAACAUGGUGCUCUAGCAACAAGCAUCCUUGGUCACGGAAAGGCGUAUGGCUUACAGUCUGACGACCGCAUACUUCAGUUCGCGGCCUACACCUUCGAUGCCGCUAUCCAAGAGAUAAUGACCACGCUUGCAUUCGGAGCUUGCAUUUGUAUCCCAUCUGAACAGGAUCGUGUCGAGCGGCUCACAUCAUACGUCGCGGAGAAUCGAAUUACUAUGGCAACUUUGACGUCAACAGUAGCUGCGCUCGUCCGACCUCGGGAGACCCCAACAGUAAGAACAAUAAUACUGGUUGGUGAAGCUGUUCAGGCAAACGUUGUGGACCAGUGGUUACAACAGGCCAAGGUUAUCAAUGGGUAUGGACCAUCUGAAUGCUCAAUCGCCUCAACAUGCAGGGAGAUCCAGAAUAGUUCGUCAGCCUUGAACAUUGGAACUGCCAUUGCGGGUGGUCUCUGGGUUGUGAAGCCUUCCAGUACGGAACUCGCUGCUUUUGGCAGUCCGGGUGAAUUGCUUAUCGACGGGCCUCUGCUGGCACGCGGAUACUUGAAUGACCCUACCAAAACGGCAGCCUCCUUUAUUACGGAUACUGUUUUCCUCAAAGAUUUGGGUCUUUCGGGUCGUCGCCUCUAUCGUACCGGCGAUCUAGUACAGCAGAACCGGGACGGCUCUCUUACCUACCUUGGCCGCAUCGAUACACAGAUUAAAAUCCGUGGCCAGCGUGUAGAAAUUGGAGAGAUUGAGAGCCAAAUCGAGAAGCAUCCCACUGUUCGAGAUGCAGUUGUCCUUUAUCCACGCCAAGGACCUCUCGCAAAUCGUCUUGUCGCGACUGUUGUACUGGGUGAAACCUCUACAGAUUCUCAAAGCACGGCCAUCCAACAAAUCUCUCAAGAGUACCAGGGCUAUGCCAACACGCAGUUUCAUGAGCUCCAGCGUAUCCUAUCGGAGAAUCUCGUCUACUACAUGAUACCGAGCGUUUGGGUCCCAUUGGCAGCUGUGCCGGUGAAUACGUCAGGGAAGACCGAUCGGCUUGCCAUCUCGCGAUGGGUCCAGUCCUUGACAGAGGACGAGGUUUCAACCCUCACAUCAGAGGAGACUGAGUAUAUUGAUGAGGAGUUAACAACAACGAUCGAGAGGCAGCUACGGCAGAUCUGGAGUGAAGUACUUGACGUUCCACUCCACAAAAUUACAUACACAACGACCAAGUUCUUCAGUCUUGGUGGAGACUCCAUCACUGCAAUGCAGGUAGUUUCUGCUUGUCGAGCUCGAGGCAUUCUAGUCACUGUGCGUAAGGCUCUAGACUACCAGACCAUCCGAGAGCUCGCAACCCAGACACAAACGACUGAGAAUUCAAGUUCGAUAACAAAGAUACCGGAAGGCAACUUUCAACUUUCGCCGAUCCAACAAAUGUAUUUCGCGGAUAUUGCGGCCGACGGAAUCCGUGCUGACGGAGAAUAUCGUUUCAAUCAAGGAGUGACACUCCAUGUUACACGUCAGAUAGACUGGGAAGACCUUGCCCAGGCCCUCGAUGCGAUUGUAUCAAAGCAUGCCAUGCUUAGAGCUCGUUUCAGUCACAGUCAGAAUGGCUGGCACCAAUGGGUGGAGAAGCAUGUUCCUGCUUCUUACCGUCUUUGCAAACACACAGCCAGUGACUCACGGUCUAUGCAAGAUAUUAUCGAACAUUCACAGGUCUCGUUAGAUCUCGAGCAUGGCCCAGUUUUUGCAGCCGACUUGAUUCAUCGUCCGGACAUGCAAAAGGAAGAUGGGCAAGAUGGGCAGGUUCUGCAUUUUGUUGCCCAUCACCUUGUCAUUGAUCUCAUGUCUUGGCGUAUUCUGCUACAGGAUCUGGAAACCCUUUUGGUGUACGACCAGCCAUUGAAAAUGGAUAUCUUGUCCUUCCCUACCUGGUUGGAACGCCAGCGCCAGUCGCUGAGCAAGUCCUUGGACAACAAUAUUGACCCCUUGCCAGUAACUAUACCCAAGGCCGAUUGGGAGUACUGGGGACUGGUUCCUCGCCAGGAAAGAUCUGUUGAUCUUGUCAACAUUCAGACAAAGUGCGAUUCUGCCACAACUUCGAUCCUUCUCUCCGACGCUGCCAAUUCCGCCCUCAAAACAGAGCCAGUGGAGAUCCUCCUAGCGGCGUUCUAUCACUCUUUCAGGGAGCACUUUAGUGACCGGCCUGUACCACCUAUCUUUACUGAAGGACAUGGUCGAGAGGCUAUGGACGGCGAGACGAACUUGACUGAAACUGUCGGUUGGUUUACAACGCUCUCCCCAAUUUACAUCCCGCCAAGUGAGAACAACAACAAAGCCAUCGAUGUCCUUCGACAAUUGAAAGACCAGCGCCGACGUAUCCCUAGUCGCGGAAUGCCCUACUUUGCCAGUCGAUUCCUCACUCCCGAGGGUCGAGAAAGAUAUGCCGAUCACGGUCCAGCUGAAAUUGUCUUCAACUAUCUUGGAAGAUUUCAACAACUUGAGCGAGAAGAUGCUCUAUUCCGCAUCGACAAUGGUGAUGAUGCGAUCAGCGUGGCCCCUGUUGGGAAUCUCGUAAACAUUUCUGCUGUGCUCGACAUUUCCGCCACUGUGCAUGAAGGGGAACUCUGUAUAAACAUUCGCUUCAGUCCGAAGACAAAGCAUCAGAAGACCUUGCAGCGAUGGGCUCAAUCGUAUAGCUGUGCUAUUGAGAGCCUUGUUGGGGAGUUGGCCACAGUCACACCAGGAGCAACAGCAACUGAUUUCCCACUUGCACGCCUCUCCGAUAACGAUAUGUCCCUGAUUGAGAACCAAUAUCUUACCACCAUGGGCGUCUCGUCCAGCCAGGUUCAGGACAUUCUUCCAUGUUCGCCAAUUCAACAGGGUAUCCUCCUUACGCAAAUGCAACUACCUCGAGCUUAUCUCAUCUACCAAACGUGUCGGAUCACAUCAUCAAACCACAACCGUCCAGUCGCUGCAGAUCGACUUAUCAAAGCAUGGAAGCAGGUCGUUGCUCGCCAUUCUGUGUUAAGGACUAUAUUGAUGGAGCCACUUCCCAAUCAGGAGAAGUUCGUUCAAAUUGUUCUCGCCGAUCCUGAAAUCGAUGUUGUCUGUGUAGACGACGUCUUAGACGAGGAUGCCACCCAGUGGUUUGAAGCACAGUCUCAACUUGAUCCAUCAGACCGACGUCGCCCUCCCCAUCGUCUCACAACGUUGGCCACAACUUCGGGCGAGAUUUACUGCCGCUUUGACAUCAAUCACGCGCUCGUGGAUGCCUCAUCAAUGACACUUAUUAUCCGCGACCUCAUCGACGCCUACGGGAAUGGAUUCACAACUGGUGGAUCCAACUACAGUUCCUACAUCCAGUUUCUCCAGGGCAAGCAUCAACAGGAUGACCUUCAAUAUUGGAAGUCAGCACUCCAUAAUGCCGAGCCAUGUCUUCUAUCGCCGCAAGAUCCAACGCAAAGUGAUGCACAUGGCAAAAUUCUCUCCGUCUCCAAACGAAUCGAAGAUCUUACCAUGCUGAACAUCUUCAGGGAUACGCAUGGCGUGUCUAUUGCAAGCGUCUGUCAGCUAGCUUGGGCUGUGGUACUAGCCAACUGGACGAAUUCGCAGAACAUCAGCUUCGGCAACCUCUCGAGCGGCCGUGAUGCACCAAUCCCAGACGUCCAAGAACUUGUUGGGCCGAUGAUAAAUAUGCUAGUAUGUCACUUGCAGGUGGAUUGGAACGCAAACGUGUCAGAUGUUGCUCGCAAGCUACAAAGCCAGUCUGCCGAGGCCUUUGAGCACCAGGGAGUAUCACUUGCCGCUAUUCAGCACGAACUUGGUCUCUCAAGAGGCCAACCAUUAUUCAACAGUAUUCUCUCUUACAAGAGACAAGUUCCAACCAGUUCCAGUACUGCUGAGAUCAUUUUUGAGGGCUUGGAUUCGGAGGAUCCAACAGAGUACGACAUCAACAUCCAUGUUGUUGCGUCACCUACCGAUCUUGAGUUCGACAUCCUGUACUCAAAUACAUUGCUAUCUGAGUCAGCAGCCUCUAGACUUGCAGAUUGCCUGAUACAAGCUGUUCGUGCUAUAUCCGAAAACGCAAGUCGUCAACUUGGACAGCUGAAUCUGCUGCCUGCCGGUGAUGCGAAUCAAAUUUGCAAAUGGAACUCAGAUAUGGCAGAACCUCGUGAGGCCUGUCUCCACGACCUUGUGAUACAACAAAUGGCAGCACAUCCGACAGCUCAAGCAGUCUACGCCCACGAUGGUGAGUUGACUUACGGAGAUCUAGAUAAGUUCAGCCGUCAGCUGGCUUGCUAUUUGGUCAACCAAGGUGUAGGACCUGAGGUGAUGAUUGGUUUAUGUAUGGACAAAUCGAAGUGGUCAGUUGUUGCUAUUCUAGGCAUACUUCGGGCCGGCGGAGCGGUCCUUCCGCUGGGUGUGUCGAAUCCCCUGGCUCGUGUUGAGGCCAUUCUCAAAGACACGGCCGCUCCUUUAGCUAUCGUCGAUGAAGCACAAGAGUGUCGACUAGGGGCACUUGAAGCAGACAUAAAACUCAUCAACAUCAACUCGUUCGUCAACGCGGUUCCAUCAGCAGUGGAAGGGUUGCCAGUCAGCGAGCCUUGCACAUCGGUACAACCUAACAACAUUGCCUGGUGUCAGUUUACAAGUGGAUCGACUGGAACACCGAAGGGCGUUAUCCUUGAACACGGAGCCCUCGCGACAAGCAUCUACUCCCACAGUCAGAGAUUUGGUUUGCGGCCUGGCGAGCGUUUGUUGCAGUUUGCCGCGUUCACUUUUGACGCUACCAUUUACGAUAUCAUGGCACCCCUUUCCUUUGGUGGUUGCACCUGUAUCCCUUCCGAAAAUGAUCGCAUGAACCGACUUGGACCUUUCAUCUCAGAAGCAAAUGUCAGUUUUGCCUUCAUGACGCCUGCUGUGGUUUCUUUGCUGCAGCCCAAGGAUGUCCCAUCUAUCAAGACCCUCAUUGUAGGUGGUGAGAUCUUUACAUCAAAGACAAUUGAUCAAUGGAUACAACAUGCCGACGUCAAGGAGGCGUAUGGACCUACGGAGUGUUCUAUCUUCUCGACAUGCAAUGACCUCCUGGACAGCUCACAGGUUCGGAAUAUCGGAAUGGCAGUCGCUGCCAGAACAUGGGUCAUCAAUCCAUUCAGCAACGGACAAUUGGUCCCAAUUUCUACACCAGGUGAACUCCUUAUCGAAGGUCCGUUACUGUCUAGGGGUUACUUGAAUGAUCCUGAAAAGACGGCCGGUUCAUUUUUGGUGGAUCCUGCCUUCGUCAAAGAGCUAGGUCUCAGUCCAGGUCGGCGAUUCUAUCGUACUGGUGAUCUUGUGCAACAGAAUUCAGACGGUACAUUACAAUAUCUCGACCGUAUUGGCACUCAGGUCAAGAUCAAUGGCCAGCGGUUAGAAAUUGGUGAAAUCGAGAGUCAGAUUCUACUCUUGCUACCAAACGCAAAAUACGCCUACGUCUGCAAACAAGGGUCUUCUCUCAUUGGCGUCAUCGAAGCUACCUCGUCGAGCCGUGCUGCUGUUGUCGGUUCGCAUUCCAUCAUCACGCCUAACAUGGAGCAACAGAAGAGUUUCGAGUACAUUGAAGCCUCUCUUCGGGAGAGACUGCCCAGUUACAUGAUACCAUCCACUUUCUUGGUCAUCAAUUCAUUCCCGCUCACUGACAGCGGGAAGCUUGACCGUCGACGAGUCGUUAACUUGCUGGACGCCAUACCAUCAGACAAGUGGCUUGAAUACACGGCCAGGUCCCAGAUAUACUACGCGCCUGUUGGUAGGAACGAAGAAAUAUUGAGCGAACUAUGGGCAGCCUGCAUUAAUCUUGAGAAGAAAUCUGUCUCACGCAUGGACAAUUUCUUCGAGCUUGGAGGCGACUCUAUCACAGCCAUGUCCCUGGUUCAACGCCUUGCUAAGCUCGGGUUGAGAAUCCACGUUUCCGAAAUUUUCAAGGACCCUGUGCUGUGUGCAAUGGCAGCACGGGUCACUGCCGACAUUGACGAGAAUGGGGAAUAUGAACGCUUCUCGCUUGUUUCAUCAGAAGAGCGAGCCCAGAUAGUCAAAGAAAACAUGUCACCCGCACGCAGGCAAUUAAAUCACUUUGCUUUCGACGCGACCGGACCUUGUGACACGUCUCAUUUGACGUCAGCAAUCAUUCAGCUUGUCACCAAGAUUGAGUCACUUCGCACUGGAUUUGCCCAAACACACAAGCAGAAGUUGUUACAAGUUGUUUACGCCAAGUGGGAACCAGCAGUACGUGUGUUCAAGACCGACAAAAGUCCUGGUGCCUUUUAUGAAGAGACUCUAGAGCGAGACAUGUUCAUUGAACCAAAUCUUGCGCGACCAAUGUUUGAUGUCGCCAUCAUCAUUACCAGAACUACUCAGCAGGUUCGCAUUGUAUUCCGUAUGUCACAUGCGCUGUAUGAUGGCGCCACUCUGCAUCAAGUAUGGGCAGCCUUGGAAGCAAUCAUGGCAGGGCAGACCAUAGGCAAUUUUGCUCCUGUUGGCCCGUAUUUCCAGAGUCUUCGAGCCCAAACCACAAACGAAACUGAAGAGUAUUGGGGCGAACUUGUCCAAGGAGCCGCCAUUUCAUCAGUCAGUGCAGGUGCGGAGCCUCGGGUAUCACGACUCGGUAUCUUUUCUAGCAAACCGAUCAUGUUACCAAGAAGCAGACAAUUUGACUUCACUCUUGCCGUGGCUGUCAAAGCCGCUUGGGCCAUAGUGCUGAGCCACCACGUCACGAGCAACGAUGUUGUCUUCGCAGAUGUCCUGACAGGACGAACUGUCGUACAUCCAUCCGUCGCAGAUGUUGUCGCAUGUUGCGCAAGAGCUGUGCCGUGCCGGGUUACUUGUGAACCGGAGUGGACCGCAAAGACACUGCUCGAACAAAUCAAACAGCAACAGGUCGACAGCAUGGCACAUGAAGGUCUCGAGCUCCAGCAAAUUGCUCAACGAUUCAUGGGCUGGUCGGAGGAAGUGGAAUCGGAUGCACCAGACAUGAGAGUCAGCAUGGUGAACCACACAAAGGCGCAGAAACAGACUAUGUCACUGGGCUCUACAGUUUACGAGCGAGUGACUGUGGAUCUGAGCAAUUCUUACGCAUCUGUUGACUUUGCCAUCGAGUCUGUCGAACAGGAGGAUGGUUCUCUGUCGUUGGGCAUGGCAUAUGCUUCGGAUCGCAUUUCUGAGCAGUUGGCAAGAACAUUAUCUAACGGAUUCCAAGCAGUUUUGUUGGAAAUUAUUGAGGAUUCAGGAUGUAACGUCAGCCACCUGGAUGACAUACUGAGAGAUUUGGUCGUGAAACAAUAG